CUCAGCGCAGGACGCAGGAGACAGUCGCUCUCCAAGGUGCUGAAAGUCAGAGCGCUCCCUCCUCAGUCUCGCCCUGCUGACGACGAUUCCGACCGAACCUCCCCCCUCCUCGUCUCCGGUGCCUGCGAUGGUUUAACAUUUUAUUCUCCUCAACUUCUACCCGUCGGGAUUGUUAUUCGUUUCUAGGCUCUUCCUUCUCAUGCAACCGCUGGAUGUAUUGGCUACACGCGCUAUGCGCACCAACACUGACUAACAUUCACCUGCAGUCGUUGGGGGAAAUACUGAAUUGACUCCGGAUUUCUCAGGGAACGCUGGAGGAUUUUAUUUUCCCCUUGCAGCUUUUCUUUUUUUCCACCAUGUGUGUUUCUGCCUCUGGACGUGAACUGUGAGAUUGUCUCCAAAAAAAAAAGAAAAAAGGUGAGUCCGAUGAGGAUAAUCAUGAAGCAGAGCCACUUUUACACGGAUACCGUUUUCUUUGCGCAGCAGAGGGGGGAACCGUAUCUCCAAAGAGCUGGUGUUUAAUUGCUUUUAAAAACCCACCACCACGACCGAAGGAGGGGGGGAGGAUUAUAGCAGCCUUUUUUUCUAUCUUCUUGUGGAGCCCGUGGUGAAUUUACCCUGUGGAUAAAGUGAAGUUUUCCAAAAAGCCCGGCGUCUGUCUGUAAUCUGCUCCGUAGCCCUGUGUGUGCAGGGCUGUGAGGCUUCGCACUGAGUGGAUAUCAAGCAAUUUCAACGCGCACGUUUCCUCCGGUGAUGAUGCUGAUGACGAUGACGGGUCGCAGGACGGACACGGAGAGGAUACCCGGAGCUUAGGGAUGACAUCCACACCGUCUUAGCUGAAUGUGGAUACCGAUGCCGCGGCGAAGGAUGGGCCCUCUCCUCCCGUCCGCCCUCGUCCUCCUGCUGGCCCUGGGAGCCGCGUCUCCGGCCUCGGUGGGGAACCCCGAGGAUUACACCGCGGACGAGGUGGAGCGGACCAACGGCGACAACAUGGUCUUCGACGAUUACCGGGGGAAAGGAUGCGUGGACGACAGUGGCUUCGUCUACAAACUCGCGGAGCGCUUCUACCCGGGACACUCGAACUGUCCGUGCGUGUGCACGGAGGACGGCCCCGUGUGCGACCAGCCCGAGUGCCCCAAACUGCACCCCAAGUGCACCAAAGUGGAGCACAAUGGCUGCUGCCCCGAGUGCAAGGAGGUUAAAAACUUUUGCGAGUACCGGGGGAAAACGUACAAGAUCCUGGAGGAAUUCAAGGUGUUUCACCGACAGGGUUCCCCAUCAGAUGAGGAAGGCACCAUCCCACCCAGCACGGCAGCCGGUGUGCCUCUGGCCUCAGCGCAGCUGCAAUCAAGAACCAGGAGCUAUAGGCCGUCACCCUGCGAAUGGUGCCGCUGCGAACCAAAUAACGAGGUGCACUGCGUGGUGUCGGACUGCGCCGUCCCAGAGUGCGUCAACCCCGUGUACGAGCCGGAGCAAUGCUGCCCCAUCUGUAAAAACGGUGCAAAUUGCUUUGCUGGAACCACGAUCAUCCCAGCCGGAAUUGAGGUAAAGGUGGACGACUGCACCAUCUGUCGCUGCCACAACGGAGACUGGUGGAAGCCUGCACAGUGCUGGCGGCGGGAGUGCCUCAACGGCCAGUCGUUGUCAUAGAGAGACUCCGCCGGGGAUGGUGGAAAAGCUCAGGCAAGGCCCUGCCUACUACUGCACCAUUUUGUAUGAUUGACAGGGCAGGAGCACAAUUCCUAUGUUACCUGAGACAGCAUAGUAUCGAGGAGACGCACUCACAAAGCUUCACGAAUAACAAAUCUAGCCACCGAGAAAAAAGACGGAACUUGUCUCGUGGCCGCUUCCACCCUCCAGUUUUAAUCGUCCUAUAUAUUUUCAAGAAGUUGACUCGCUUGACUUGCUGCUCUCACAACACACACAAAACGUUUCUACGCUCCCGGGACUCUUUCCUAACUGAUGGCAAUGUUGAAUUGCUCAAUGUUGAUUCCAGUGUGUAUGUCAUCUGCUUGUCUGUCUGUCACGCAGGUGUUGUCAAAUUGCAACAGCAGGAAAAAACAAACCGUAAGCACACUUAACAGCGCUUGUUUUUUGGAGGGUUCACACGAGGUUUGAAAGCACUGCAAAGGUGUGUUUUUGAGUUUCACAAUUUCACUCUAAGAGCUUGUUUACAAAAUGCACAUCACACAAACACGUUUAUCUCCAUGAUGUUUUAUCCCUAUGGCGGGAAAGUCACCUUUAAGACUUGGACGAUGCUACUCUCACUUUUAUAAACCACUUGUAAAGCCCCCAACACAGUGACUUUAUCGAUCAUCGCACCACCGUUUUGAGUCCUGUCUCUAUUGUUGCAGCACAGGCAGGGUACAUUGAUAUUGAAAAGUCAGCUGAAGAACAGAAAAGAUAGUAACCAGCAAGUAUGGAAAAACAACUUUGGGCAGCCCCUUCCGGCUUAAUUGUCGUUAUUGUUUUCUCUCAGAGGUCCAUAUCCUCCAAAAUAUCCCCACUAACUAACUACUUGAACUUGUUAUCAAAGCAAUUAGCGAGCCGAGAGCAGCCUGCUUUAAUUUCCCUUAAUCACGGAGUAUUCUGCGAUAAAUCAUCCAGCUGGGUGCUUUGGCGCUGCCGCAGCCUGCAUGCUGGGUAGCACUCGACGCGAAACCGGCAGACAAAAGGAGGGAAUCUGCAUUUGUCUAAAUGCUUUUAAGGAGUGUUCACAUGCACAUAGACCGUGUGAGCGUACACAAGCACCCAAUUCAUCCACGGUCUAACAGACACAGUGUGUUGCUCUGCACCCAGUGAGGCACUUAAACCUACAAGGCUUGUUAAGAAACAAAUCGGUUACAUUAACCCACUGCUAUAGAUUACCUAAUAAAUUUGUAGUUACGCCCCGAUACAGAAUAGAAAAGCUAAUCCACUGUGGCCGGGGCUUAGUUAAUAUAUUGUUUUGAUAUUUUCCCCCAGACCACAGCGGCCCUCAAGGGGUCCAGUCAGAAAGAAAAAGCACCCAACCAGCGCCCAAAACAUUUUCGUUUUUGAGAUGAUAAAUAAUAGUCAUUAAUUCAAAGGUGAAAUCCAGAAAGCUCGUUCCAUUCAUCACGAGGGUUUAUUCCAUUUCCAGAAAAUCCCUUCCUGUUAACCUUUUAGACCCCAUUUCUGGGCGCUGAUGGAUGGGCUGCUUAAUAGCAGCUCCCUGCGCUGUGUAAUGAGACAGGAAUGAACACAGGGAUAAAGGGCUGACGAGCAAAGAGCUAUAUUACCUUAAAAGGCAGUAAAAACUAAUUUUGGGAAGAAUCUCAAAGCCUGCGAAGUCAGCUGCGUGGUCUUUUAACUGCAGCACAUGGGUGGUGGAGGAAUUAGAAGUGAAAGGAUGUGGGUGGAGUCCAGUCUUAGGUGCAACAGUGGAGCCGGAGUCAUUGUCAUCAUUAAGCUACAGUGAUUUAGUGUCUUUCAGUGGGCAGAGACAGGCCUCAUCUAUCUGCUUGAGGUCUGCAGACGCAUAAAACAAAACUGACAUGUAUGGUUUAUCAAUCACGGCCCCAAAGCUCCAGACAUUUUAGGAUGAAUAAAAGGUGCCUCAUUUAUCUUAAUUACUUGAAAUGCCACAGAAUUAUUCAGCCGUUACAUGAAUCCCCCCCCAAAAAAGUAUUGGAAUUACUUAACUGAGUGGACGACUGAAAUGAGUUCGUCAGUUGACAAGGUUGAGGCAUCUCUGCCACCAUCGCUGUUUUACCGCUGCUUCUGCUGAUAGACAUUCCCGAAGCAUGGCCUUUGGCUUCAUGCUGCACGGACAGACUUCUUUAAACGCUGCUUUGUUUGAAUCCUCCGUGAUGGUUUACAGCUACAUCUUCACCAAAACUACUCUUUAUUUGACCCUUUGACAUUCCAGUAACAGCCAGCAGAGUAUAAAGGACGAGGAAUGUUCAGUCGCAGCUAAAAAAAUACAGAUUCCAGUUCACCGAUGGCUUUAAAAAGACACAUUGUUGAGAUAAAAGUCAAUUGAGAAACAGCAAAAAAUCACAAAUCCGGGUACACGGGCAACUUGAUCCCUGUGACAUUGUACUGUAAACUUGAUCUGAUACAGCUAAAGUGCGACACUGUAACAGCUAUGGCUGCUCAGCUCAAUUUUACAAGCAGCUUUUAUCAACUAGAUGUGAAGGUAGGAGAGAAAAAAGUGAGGCCAUCGGAAAAAUACUUUUACUUCUCUCAUUGAGAACUAAAGAAGAUCAGUGUGGAUGUAGAUUAACAUACAGUAGAGGCCUAUUGUCUGUCGCCAGGAAGAGGAAGCUGUAUUUUUUUUAAAAAACACAUCGUCCAUUUCUCCUUGCAAAUAUGUGAAGCUGCACUGUUUCAAGGACAAAUGAGCAGUAAACUCUGUCUUUGUUCACUUUCUGCCAAGAAACUUGAGUAUUUGUUUGUCUGCGAGUGUCUUUUCAAAUGACCCCACGUGUCCUUGCAUCAUUUCCACCGCAGGCUUGUACAUGGGCAUUUUGUCAAGAUGAACCACUCACUCUUUCCACGAGACACCGACUUACUGUAGCUGGAGACUAAUGAAAGAUUGUGGUUUCCCCUCCUGUUAUGUUUUUUCAGCAACAAAACUGUUACAUAAAAGUGUGCCUGAACAACACAGAGUUCUAUCUGGAAUAGGAAGAGAGAAACACUGUUAUUCUACAAUCAAUUGUAUUAAAUUGUGGGGGCACCAAGGGUCUGUUCGUGUGGAACUCAUAUGUCUUACAAUAUAGUUUCUAUUACAGAUUUGAAAUUUAUGUUUGUAAAUCAAAAGCAUCUUUGAUUGUAUAUGAAUACACGCUCACACAGGGUCACCCUGAACUGUACAAGAGACAAAAGGUCCAAAUUUGAAACGGUCAACAACCCCUGGUGCUCCCCAUGUUGUUCAUAUGUAAAUAUCUUCAAACGUAUAAUGUGUAUUCUGAAAUCUGAGGUGGAGUAAAAAAAAACAAAAAAACAUAAGAUAUAUGAAAUGUGUAUUAUUCAUGGAGACAAAAACUAUUUUGUUAAAUAGACCUAAAAAGAAGUUGUGAUUCGGAAAAAGAGAGUGUUGUUUUUUUUUUUUUUCUUCAUUGUUUGUCCUCACUGUGGAUUAUGCUGAUGCUUCUAGAUCCAAACCAUGGACUGUAUAGAAAGAUUAGCAUGACUGCUCACAAAAGAGUGAAGCCAAAGUGUCUUGAUCGCCACCUGGUGGCUGGCUGCAGUAUAGGUAAUUAUACCGCCUAAAAGUGAAAGUAAGUCGAAGUACACAUCAUAUAAAUGUUUCUCAAAGACGGUUUCUGUCAAUUUAAGUAGUUCUUAUCUCACUGGUGUAUGUUCACAUGCUUAAAUCUCAGCAAGUUUGGUUUCAAUUUAUAAUUUGAUGCUAUAAAAACGUCAUGAUUGAGAGCUAA